CUUCGCGAUUGCUGGCUGUAAUGUAUUAACAUUCGAUCGACAGAACACGACAUCUCCAGACUUCAAAUUUGGCGCACUACUUGAUCAAUAGUAAGGGCUUCUCGGAACUCGAACAAACAGUAUGGCUGGCCCAGGUCGUACGUAAUCCUCGUGAUGCUACCAUGGUAAUUCGUGUAAAACAGAUCUGAGCAGACAGCCACAAGAAUUGAGUGGUGAAGAGAUGCACAUUUAGGAGAACACAGUCAAUGAAUCACUGGAACUUAUGGAGUUUGAAUCAAGAACAUGCAGAACUAACCUUUCUGAUCCUUUCAACUGAGAGUUGGAUUUCACACGAAAUGGUUUGCUGAACAUAUUAAAUUGCUGGUUGUGAUCCAACCCAAUUGUAAUGGAGAAUAAAUCAAAAUUGUUUUUUCGAUGUACAACACAAUUAGUUGUCCAUGAAGAUAUUACAGAAUCGUCAAACCAAAGAACACAAAAAACUAUACUACAAAUUACUGAAAUAAUAAACAAUUAAUUUCAGAAUACAGUUGCGCCCUCCAGUCUUCAGAUGAUAAGGACAUCACUGCAAGAUGCAUAUAGUGGUCUUUCUAUCUUUCUUCUGUGUGACUUAUGCCUAAAUUCCUUGCUCAUCAGCAGUUGUACUACUUGUGUGAAGAAAAUACUCAAAUUUAUUUUUCUGCAAGAGAAAUCCUUUAUUAAUGGUGAACAUGGGAUUAUCGAGUAGAAGAAAAAGCUGCUGGAGAUAUAGAUGCUGGCAAAGUUUAUUCCUGGCUGUCAUAGGUUUCCCUCUGGUGGCUGCAGCAUUCCUUGGUUUUGUAGCCUUUUUCAGAGCUCUGGCUGCUCAAAAGCAAAAUGACCUCUUUCUACAGUUCACAAAAGAUGAAACAUUUGAUAUGGUGGACAGAAGUAGAAUGAUCGAGAGAGCUGAACGUCUAGGAGGAGCACUGAAGAUACCCUCCGUUUCAUAUGGACCUGACAAACAGGAAAAACAGGCAUUUUUGCAGUACCAUCAGUAUUUAGCAAAGCCAAUUUGCAAUGAAUGGUUUACCUUCGCAGAUUAUCCCCUUAUUCACACUUCAUCUUUUAUAACAAAAGACAUUAUAAACGAGUAUAGUCUGCUUUACACAGUACAUGGAACCACCAAAGGAAAACUACCAUACUUGUUCUCAUCACAUCUUGAUGUUGUUCCUGUUGAUCCAAAGGCCUGGGAAGUGCAUCCUUUCAGUGGAAAAAUUGUCAAUAAUACUUUUGUAUAUGGAAGGGGUGCAAUUGAUGAUAAAACAGGAGUCAUGGGCGUAAUGGAAGCUCUCGAAUUCAUGCUUGAAAAAGGCAUAAGACCACAAAGAUCAUUUUUCCUAGCAUUUGGUCAUGAUGAAGAAAUAUCAGGAAAGAGAGGUGCUCAAGAAAUUGCAAAAGCAUUGAGAGCUCGUGGAGUAGACAAACUUGAUUUUGUUAUAGAUGAAGGAUUUCCAAUUUCAAAAGAUUUGGUUCCUGGUACAGACAAACCAAUAGCAAUUGUGGGUGUUUCGGAGAAAGGCACAACAAAUUUGGAAUUAAGUGUAAUGGGAAGUCCUGGUCAUGCAAGCUUCCCACCAUCAGAAUCAGCAAUAGGAAUUUUGGCUGCUGCAUUGGCUCGUCUUGAAGCAAAUCCACAUCCAUCUCUCUUAGGAGAAGGGCCUGAAGCUGCUACUUUUAAAUAUUUGGCCCCACAUGUUUCUUUUGGAUACAAACUUCUCUACAACAAUCUUUGGCUCUUUUCUGGAUUAAUGUCUCGGGAAAUGGCUCGUGAACCAUUAUCUAAUGCAUUUGCUCGCACAACUACAGCCAUAACAGUUUUUCAUGGUGGCAUUAAGAGUAAGAAAAUUAUAUAUCAAAACAACUCAGGAUUGAAUGGUUGUAUUAACCCAGGCAUAUCUAAUCUUGCACUUCCAUGUGACACAUACACCAAGCAUUGCCAGGAAAAUGUAGUCCCUCCAUCAGCUGCUGCUAUUGUCAAUCACAGAAUCCAUCCAGCCCAAACAGUUGCUGAGGUUAUUGCACAUGACCGUGAAGUUAUUGCUGAUCCACGUGUGAAUAUACGUGUGAAAACUGCACGUGAAGCACAUCCUGUGUCAUCAUUUGGCCCAGAAAGUAUUCCUUUUCAGAUGGUGUCAACUAGCAUAAAGCAAGUAUAUAUAGAUGCAAUUGUUGUGCCAGGUGUAUUUAUCGCUAACACAGAUACUCGAUGGUAUUUGGGAUUCACUAGAGAUUUAUAUAGGUUCCUGCCAACUAUAGUAACUCCAACUGACAUUGGAAGGUAUCAUGGUAACAAUGAACGAAUUUCUGUUGAAAACUACCAUCAAUCAGUAAAUUUCUUUUACCGAAUCAUAAGAAAUGCAGAUCUUCUUAUUGAUCAAGUACCAUCAUCUACAGUGAACAAUGGAGCAGAAGAACUGUGAUGAGCUGUGAAAAAUGAAGAAAUUGCCUUUAAAUUUACACUAUUUUUGCAUGGAGUAGUAAACAUAAGGCAUUAUUAUAUGCACAUCAGUUGGAAUUAUGUUUUUUCAGACCACAUUCCCAUUAUGGCAUUUACAAGUAGGCACUAAGCCAUUGUGAAAUUAUUGCCCACCUUAAAACAUCACUUUCACAAUUCCAGCAUGUGUGAUAUCUCUUGUCCAUUCCAAUGUUAACACCAUCAAACAGUAGACUGAAUUAUGACAGAGGAGCAUCACUUUCUUUGUUAGAUACAGCUGCACCUUGUGAGUCAAAUUCAUUUUAAAACAAACAGUAGAUACUGACAUGCCUUACAUCCACACUUAUGUACAUAUUGUUUAGCCCUGUGAUUUUGAGGCUGUAAUUCUACUUCUGUGUAGCAAAUGUUCAGAUAAUAUGUAAAUAAAAACAAUAUACUUGUCCUAAAAAAACACCCAACAGUAAACACUUUGUUGAAGGCAUUUCUAAGCCUUGUAAUUGUGAUAUCAGCUGAUAGUUUCUAGUCAUUUCAGAUGUUAAUUAAAAAUAUUAUGUAUAGUUAAUUUCAAUGUAUGCUGUUGUGUACUCUUCUGUUGAGCUUUUGUACUUGUCCAAGACACACAUUUUCUUUGGAAAUAAAUAUUAUUUACUGUUAUAUA